CCGCGAAAGGCCACUUUGGUAGCGACGGCCGGGGAGGGAGGUGAAUGUCGGCCUGGUUGUCUGCACUCCCGGGCAACAGAGUGAAAGAAAAGUGAAGAGAGUGUGACCCCUGGUCGUUGCCUUGCAGCUCUAGCCGCUCUCCCUCCCCGACGCGCUCCGUUUGUUUGGAUUUAAUCUUAAGGUUGCCGGCGCCCCCCGCCCGCCAGCCUCGCGGAGUGAGGGGACGCACCCGCGCCUGUGGCUGGCGCCUGCCGAGUCUGGACACCCGCCUGUCCGCGCCUCUUGCCCGCGGCAGCCGCAUCCCUGAACCGCGGGGUCGUGUUUGUGUUUGACCCGCGGGCGCCGGCUGCGGGGCGCGCGGCCGAGGCCAGUGCCAGCGGGGCGGGGCGGGCGCGGCGGAGGCGGAGGAAGAAGGAGCGGGAUCCUAGGAGGCCCGGCGCCGCCAUGGAACUGGGCCCGGAGCCCCCGCACCGCCGCCGCCUGCUCUUCGCCUGCAGCCCCCCGCCCGCACCGCAGCCUGUCGUGAAGGCGCUGUUCGGCACUCCAGCCGCCGGGGGCCUGUCGCCUGUCACCAACCUGACGGUCACCAUGGACCAGCUGCAGGGACUGGGCAGUGAGUAUGAACAACCCAUGGAGGUGAAAAACAGCAGUCUGCAAAGAAUGGGCUCCUCUGAAUCAACUGAUUCAGGCUUCUGUCUGGAUUCUCCUGGGCCCUUGGAUAGUAAAGAAAACCUUGAAAAUCCCAUGAGGAGAAUAAAUUCCCUACCUCAGAAGCUCUUGGGGUGUAGCCCAGCUCUGAAGAGGAGCCAUUCUGAUUCUCUUGACCAUGAUGUCUUUCAGCUGAUUGACCAGGAUGAGAACAAGGAAAAUGAAGUCUUUGAGUUUAAGAAGCCAAUAAGACCUGCAUCUCGAGGCUGCCUACAUGUUCACGGACUGGAGGAGGGUAAAGAUCUCUUCACACAGAGGCAGAACUCCGCCCCGGCUCGGAUGCUUUCCUCAAAUGAAAGAGAUGGCAAUGAACCAGGGAAUUCCGUUCCUUUUAUGCCCCAGUCACCUGUGACUCCCACUUUGUCUGAUGAGGAUGAUGGCUUCAUGGAUCUUCUUGAUGGAGACAGUUUGAAGAAUGAUGAAGAGACCCCGUCCUGCAUGGCCAGCCUCUGGACAGCUCCUCUUGUCAUGAGAAGAACUAGCAACCUAGGCAAUCGCUGCAAGCUGUUUGACUCCCCUUCGGAGUUGUGCAGCUCUACCAUCCGGUCAAUGUUGAAAAGACCAGACCGAUCACUAGAGGAGUCCCCAGGUGGAAGCAGGAAGCGGAGGAAAAGCGUGGCUGGGGCCAGUCCGGAAGAGGCAGCUAGUCCAGAGAAGCCCCAAGAGAUUCUACAUCAUCAGUCUUUAUCCCUAGCAUAUUCCCCAAAAGGGACCAUUGAGAACAUUUUGGAUAAUGACCCAAGGGACCUUAUAGGAGACUUCUCCAAGGGUUACCUCUUUCAUACCGUUGCUGGAAAGCAUCAGGAUUUAAAAUACAUCUCUCCAGAAAUUAUUACAUCUGUUUUGAAUGGCAAGUUUGCCAACCUCAUUAAAGAGUUUGUCAUCAUCGACUGCCGAUACCCGUAUGAAUAUGAGGGAGGCCACAUCAAGGGUGCAGUGAACUUGCACAUGGAAGAGGAGGUUGAAGAGUUCUUACUCAAGAAGCCUAUCGUACCUACGGAUGGCAAGCGUGUUAUCGUGGUGUUCCACUGCGAGUUUUCUUCUGAGCGAGGCCCUCGCAUGUGCCGAUAUGUGAGAGAGAGGGAUCGGCUCGGUAACGAGUACCCCAAACUCCACUACCCAGAGCUGUAUGUCCUGAAGGGCGGAUACAAGGAGUUCUUCCUGAAAUGCCAGUCUCACUGCGAGCCCCCCAGCUACCGGCCCAUGCACCACGAGGACUUUAAAGAAGACCUGAAGAAAUUCCGCACCAAGAGCCGGACCUGGGCCGGGGAGAAGAGCAAGAGGGAGAUGUACAGCCGCCUGAAGAAGCUCUAAGGGUCUCGCGGCCAGGCGGCAGCAGCCUCCCAGCCCUCCCCACUCCCCUCUUUGCUGCAGAGAAACUUGAGCAGAGGGGCCAGCGGCACGACACUUGGAGAGAAGGGCGGAUGCCUCCACGUCUUAAACCUACCUCCCACCCUCCCGAGGUUGGAGCCCGGAGCCUCCCGCCGCCUCUCAGUCCCUGGAAGACGUCCUUCUUCAGCAGGGCGCUCAGCCAAGGCUGUCACGUGCCGCAGCAGGGUUCCGAGCAGCAAGUCAAGGCGUUCUGCCUCCUCCCCCGUGGUUGGAUGGGCCCCCUGCGGCCUCGCUGGGCACUGGCCUUGUCUCCUGAGGGGAGAGACGGAGAGAAGACUGCCAGACGCUGCUGGCCAGACACCAAAGACGGCCCGGGAAGCACAGGUCUUUGUGGGCUAGCCCACAUCAUUAAUUUAUUCAACUUCACCAAUCACUUUUUUUCCUUUCUUUUUUUUUUAAAAAA